UUCCCCCUUUCUCUCUCUUUCGCUCCUCGAUUUAAAACCCUAAUUUGCAGGCUUGGACUUUCCCUCUCUCGUCCUCUGCUCAUUUCAAGCUUCUACUUGCUGUCUCUCUCCUAUGGCGACGGCGCGUGAAGGAAAGCCCUACGAAGGGGGAGGUUUGGGAGCCGGAGGCAAAUUCCGGAAGCGUCCUUUCCGGAGGAACCAGACGACGCCGUACGAUCGUCCCCCGACGGCCCUGAGAAACCCUAGCACUAGCCGCAAUUACGGGUGGCUCUCAAAGCUUGUCGAUCCGGCGCAGAGGCUUAUCACUACCGGUGCCCACAUGCUGUUUUCAUCUGUUUUCCGCAAGCGCCUUCGUCCCCCUCCCCCUCCUACUUCCCCCUCUCCGCCAAAUCCGUUACCUUCAGAAGCGGAGCAGGAAAUAAGGGACAAUCAACAGGAUGUUACUGCCGUUGCUACCAAUGAUGAUUCUGUCAAGCAGCAAGGAGCGGUUUCUGAAAGUGAUAAUCAAAUCAAUUGUUCUGAGAGUGGUGGAUUUACUGAGCUUGAGAAAUUGCUAAAGCAGAAGACUUUUACCAGAUCUGAAAUUGAUCAUUUGACAGCACUUUUGCGUUCAAAAACUCUGGAUUUACCUGUCACUAAUGAAGAAAAGAGGACUGAAGUGGUUACGUCAGAUCUAAUUUUGUCUCGUGAGCAGAAAGAAGAAUACCCCAAUUCUCCGGCAGUAAAAAAUGGGAUUGAAAACCGUCUUGUUUCAACUCCAUUUGUGACUUCGAGUGUCAUUGAUAAGGAUGUUGCUUCCCCUACAGAGGUUGCAAAGGCUUACAUGGGAAGUAGGCCUUCCAAGGUAUCCCCAUCAAAGUUAAACUCACAAAGUCUUUCUCUCAGGGAGGAUCCAACUCUUCUAAGCAGUCAAUAUAUCCCUCAAAAAUCCCCUAUUAUGUCCAUUGUGCCAAGGGCUACUGGCCAUGACAGGCUUCAUGAAAACGGUUUUGUGACACCAAGAUCUCGAGGUAGAUCUGCAAUAUAUAGCAUGGCUCAAACACCUUAUGCCAGGGUUUAUCCAACCUCAACACCAAAGGGUGUUCAACUUCCAGUUGAAGGCGGGCCUUCUUCCUCAGCCCAGUCUGCACUGGAUCAUGACUUGCUUUCUGGAUCUAAGAAAACAGCAUUGAAACGGAGGAGUUCUGUAUUGGAUAAUGAUAUAGGAUCUCUUGGUCAUAUGCGCAGAAUCCGUCAGAAGUCUAAUCUUAUAACUUCUAGAGGCUUGAGUGCGUCUGUUUCGGAUAGCCCUCUAUCUUUUAUUAAGAGUGGAGUUCGUGCUGAUCAGCAGAAGCUUCUUCUGUUGAAUGAAGCUAAGCAUAGUGAUAAGAAACUGUCAUCAGAAAAUAUAAAGGACACAAUUCCUAGCACAAGUGUUCCUCAUAUAUCCUCCAAAUCAAGUGAUAUGGCCACAAAAAUACUUCAGCAGCUUGACAAGUUGGUGUCCCCUAAAGAAAAAUCAUCUGAACUGAAGCUGCUAGCAGACAAGGAUAAUUCACCCGCAAAGUUGUCACCAUCCAUGUUACGGGGACAGGCUCUUAGAAGUAUGGAAACCGUAGAUUCAUCAAAAUUCCAUGAUCACUUACAAGAUAAUAAUUUGAAUGGUUUGCAUGAGAAUUUUUCAGCGAACACUAAAAUGUUGACUACAGCAAAGGAGAAGCUUGAACACGGUCCAUUAAAGCUUGUCGCUUCUGUUGGCUUAGGUCCAGUUAUUGAUGCAGAUGCUUCAAUAGCAAGGGAAGAAAUUGUAUCGAGUGCACAAUCUAUGGAUUCUUCCAUGGUGAAGUCUGUUUCUCAUCCUCCACAAAAGAGCAGGGCAUUCCGUAUGAGUGCACAUGAGUGUCUCGAUCUGGAUGAUGAUGUGUGUCCAAACGGGGCUGUGUUUUCUUUAUCCUCUGAGAAACAAAUGAUAGACUCUACUAUUGUGGCUGAGAGAGUUGUUGCUACUGAAACCAUUACAAAGGAGGUGCCUAGUGCAUCACCUGUGGCAAUCUCAUUCAGAAGUUCCAGAGUAGAUGACCAGACUCCUAAUGGUACUGGUGAUGGGUCCAUAGUCGGUGAAAAGGUUGGUUUAUCAACAUCUACAACUUCAUCUUCCCCUGCUGUGACUUCUAAGCCAGAUGGAGCCACAGUUGCAGCGGUCUCAGAGUCAAUCUUUGGUUCUGGUGAAUCUUCUUCACUAAAUGGAUCUGUUGCUGCUCCUCCCUUGUUUAAUUUUGGAAGUAAAGUGACUUCCUCAACAGAAGCGGCAGCUGUUGAUACUCCACCAAAGGAGUCAAGCAAACUGGGUUCACUAUUUAGUUUUGGAGACAAAGUUGUUUCACCAAAGGGGUCUGUGGCUGAUGUUCCACUAUUUAACUUUGGUGCCAGCAAAAGUUUUGAUAAGGUCCAGCAAGUGCCAUUGACCUCCUUAUCUUCUGUUGGUGCUGAAUCUGUUGGUAUGAAAUUUGGUCCUGCUUCUGACUCAAAGCUUGGGAACUCGGUCAGCUCAACUGUCACUGGUGCAACUGAAUCUAUGCUGAAGGUUCCUGCAUUAGAUAAUGCUAAUGUGAACUCCAGCUUGAAUUCUGGCUUUUUGGCUCAAUCAUCAGAAUUGGCUGUUUCAUCUGCAGCAUCAACAUCAUCGUUGACACCACCCACAAGUAUAUUCUCUUUUGGCCAAAGUUUAAAUCAAAACAAUGGCCCUUCUGCUUCAGAAACUUCAUUUUCUACCUCUUUUCCAACUUUUGUUUCAAAUAAUUUUACUAGCCAAAAUAUGUUCAGUUGCUCACCGCUUGGGGCCAAUAGCAGUAGUGGUGCCACUGCAGCUUCCUCUAGCACCAGUAUGACAACUAGCGGCCCCCUUAUCACUUUUGCAUCCAGUACUACUGGUACUUCCUCCUCAGCAGCUGCAACCUCACAAACCCCUUCUGUUUUCAAAUUUGGAUCUUCUCCGAACUUGACAACAGAUUCACCCUUGUUGUCUUCUGGGAAGCAGGAUACAGGUUCUGGUACUCUAGGCAGUUCUGCUUUUGGAAACACACCUGCUGCUGUCGUUGGGGCUCCAGGGAACAGCAUUUUUGGGCUCAGUUCCUCGGCAAUGACAACUGUAAAUAGUCAAACUCAGGGUUCUUUAUUCGGCUCAAGCACAUCUCUGCCUGGUGCCCAUGGUUCUGCUGCCAUGAGUGUGUUUGCCACUUCCACUCAGAGCCAGCCAAUUCCAUUUGGAUCAUCUGCUUCAUCUCCUUUGUUUGGGUUGAGUGGGAAUACAUCGUUUUCUUCAGGGAGUUCAAUAUCACCAUCUAGUUCAGUGGCAGAUGCUUUUAUUCCUGGCUCCUCCAUUGGGCUCAGCACCUCUGCUUCCCUAUCAACAGCCAACAGUGGUAGCUCUAACAGUGGGGCAACCUCUGGUUUGUUUGGGGCCUCUAGUUGGCAGGCCAACAAGUCUCCAUUUGGUUCCACAUUUAAUUCAUCUUCUUCUGGCUUUUCCUUUGGAGUGUCAAGUGGUUCUGUUUCGUCUACUUCUAGUUCACCCAUAUAUGGAUCAUCCGCUGCUUCUAUUGCUUCAACUGCUAGCACUCCGAUGUUUGGAUCAUUCACUUCUGUUACUUCAACUACCAGCAUGCCCAUGUUUGGAUCAUCCGCUGCUUCUGUUUCUGCAACUACCAGCAUGCCCAUGUUUGGAUCAUCCGCUGCUUCUGUUUCCGCCGCUACCAGCAUGCCCAUGUUUGGAUCAUCCGCUGCUUCUGUUUCUUCCACUACCAGCACACCCAUGUUUGGAUCAUCCACUGUUGCGUCCACUACUAGCACACCGCUGUUUGGAUCAUCACUUGGUGCAUCAACGAGUUCCAUUUUCUCAUUUACUUCAGCUGCAAUGGCUACCUCCACACAACCUGUUUUUGGUAAUUGUAAUCCUGCUUUCUCAUUUGGUUCAGCUGCUUCGAUUAAUAACGAUCAGAUGAGUAUGGAAGACAGCAUGGCAGAGGACCCUGUUCAUUCAUCUUCACCUGUGACUCCUGCGACUCCUGCAUUUGGUCAACAACCUGCCGCGCCUCAAUCAAAUUUUGUUUUUGGAGCACCAGCUCCAUCGGGAACUAGUCCCUUCCAGUUUGGGACUCAGCAGAAUAUUGCUCCACAGAGCCCAACCCCAUUUCAGGCUUCUAGCAGUCUAGAGGUCAAUGGCACUGGAAGUUUCUCGUUAGGUACUGGAGGCGGCGACAAGUCUGGUCGAAGAUUUGUUAGAGUUAAUAAAGCUAGGGGACGCAAGAAGUAAGACUUGGUCUAUUGCUUAUAUUUUUUUCACAUCUGUGAUCUGCACUGUCUUCCAUGAGACACACUUUAACGGCAGGUGGUCAUGGACAUAACUGUUCUGAUGGCAAUCUGGAAUUCAGUGGUGCUGUUGAAGCAAAUGAUCAUGUUUAGGCUUGUCAGUUCUAAACCUCCAUUUGUUUGUCUCCCAGAUUCUUGUAGAUUGCAAAGGUGAAAGUUUUCACAAUUUUGUAUUAUGAACAACAUAAUCUUCUGUACUUUGAGGGCUCCAGGAUCAAGAUGUGGGCAACUAUGAUGUCCGGUGAGCUCUGUACUGUUACUUGUAUUAUAACUAGAAAUAGGUAUGAAUUAUUAGCUUGUAAUUUGCAUUUCCAUCGGGCAAUAUGUAAACCGACUUUCUUAGCUGUCUGUUCUGUUUAAUUAUUUUCUUUCUCCCAUAACGGGAAUUUUUGAGACAAUAUCAACAUGGUGUCUGUACAAUAUUUGAGCUGGACGUUUCAUGAUCCAUGAUUUUCUGCCA